GCUGUGAAGUGCGGGUUUCUGAAUUUUGAAACAUUUGACCUCGAUGAAUACGAAUAUUAUGAGAAAGUUGAAAAUGGUGAUCUCAGCUGGAUCAUACCGAAAAAGUUCAUCGCCUUCUCAGGUCCUCAUUCUCAAAGCAUGCUCGAUCAUGGCUAUCCUGUACAUUCUCCCGAGUACUACCUUCCCUACUUCCACAAAAAUGGUGUCUCCACGGUGAUUCGGCUAAACAAGAAAAUGUAUGAUGCCAACAGGUUCAUUGAUGCAGGCAUUCAACACUACGACCUUUUCUUUCCCGACGGCGGCGUCCCUCCCGACUCCAUCAUGCGUCAGUUUUUGGAUAUUUGUGAAAAAUCUCCCGGGGCAAUCGCUGUCCACUGCAAAGCUGGUCUCGGUCGGACGGGCACCUUGAUCGCCUGUUACAUGAUGAAACACUUUCGCUUUUCGGCGGCUGAGGCCAUUGCCUGGGUUCGAAUCUGUCGACCCGGCUCCAUCAUUGGCCGGCAGCAGAACUGGCUGGCUGACCGACAGGCCUGGUGCUGGAUCGAGGGUGAUUUGCUGCGUCAGGCCAAGAGCCAACCACCUGAAAAGACGCCCCUGCAGCCUGAUGGCGUUAUCAUGGCUUCCGGUGGUGGAAGUAUGACUGCUGUGAAGACGACCGCCAAAUGGAACUACGAAAAUGCCACUCCCACCUAUACCUUCAUCGCCAAUGACCAGAAUUCUUCAUCAACGCGACCGACUGACUUCCGAGCUGCCCUGAAUAGCAAUCAAACUGAUAAUUCGUCCUGGCAGUGUUCAGCGUCAUUUUUGGGCGCAGGAUUUAAAGCCAAUUAG